GGUUCCUGUGGGCAGCGCCUGACAAGCCUGACCCUCUCCUUCCUGCAGUUCAAGGGAAAGACGAGAUCUUGCACAAGGCACCCUGCGUCUGUCCUCCACAAGGGAAGGGUGACAUGGAGCCUCUUGGGCUGCUCAUCUUGCUCUUUGUCACAGAGCUAUCCCGAGCCCACAACACCACGGUGUUCCAGGGCAUGGCAGGCCGGUCCCUGAGGGUCUCCUGCCCCUACAACUCCUUGAAGCACUGGGGGAGACGCAAAGCCUGGUGCCGCCAGCUGGGUGAAGAGGGCCUGUGCCAGCAGGUGGUCAGCACUCACCCCUCGUGGCUGCUGUCCUUCCUGAAGAGGCGCAAUGGGAGCACGGCCAUCACGGAUGAUGCCCUGGGUGGCACACUCACCAUUACUCUGCGGAAUCUUCAAGCCCACGACGCUGGCCUCUAUCAGUGCCAGAGUCUCCAUGGUAGCGAGGCCGACACCCUCAGGAAGGUCCUGGUGGAGGUGCUGGCUGACCCCCUUGAUUACCAGGACCCUGGAGAUCUCUGGAUCCCUGAGGAGUCCGAGCGCUUUGAGGAUGCCCAGGUGGAGCACAGCAUCUCCAGGAACCUUUCUGAAGAGGAGAGCCCCUUCCCACCCAUUUCCAUCCUUUUCCUCCUGGCCUGCAUCUUUCUCAGCAAGCUUCUGGCAGCCAGCGCUCUCUGGGCUGCAGCCUGGCAUGGGCAGAAACGGAGGACACCCCAUGCCAGUGGGCUGGACUGUGGCCAUGACCCAGGUUACCAGCUCCAAACCUUGACAGAGCUGAGAGACACGUGACAGGAGGACCCACGGUGGAGGAGAGGCCCAGGAGAGGUCUGCACGGACCACCCCAGCCUGCUGCACACCCGCCCCUUGGCCACCAAGUCUCCUGGUUCUGCUUUCGCAAAAGGCCACUCUGCCUGUACCCUGCUUCUCUUGGCCCCUGGAAGCAGGGAUUUGUGCGUGUGUGCACGUGUGUGUGUGUGUGUGUGUGUGUGCGUGUGCAUGGGAGGUGGGAAGGACAUCUACCAACUUCUGGACAUUGGACAUUAAACACUCUCACAAAUAAA